UCACGUGCUGCUGUUUGUACGAAAACGAACGUGCAACCCAAAACCAAUUUCAAGGUUUGUUUGUCAUCAAGCGUUUCCUCACGAUUCAACCAUGGCUUCUCGUCUCGUGUCCCUCGUUCGUCCUUCCCGGGUCCAGGCUGUCGUCAGAGCAGCUCGCUGUGUCCAGCAUCUGGGAAACCCAUGUGGCGUCCAGCAGGUCCGCUGGCAAUCAGGCGGAGUUACUGAGGCCAGUAGUGAACUCGUGGAAAUUCUGAACAAGGAGCUCACCGCAGAGCAGGACAACUUCGAUGGAAAGAUUGAAAUUCCAGAGGGAUGGACCAUGAAGGACGAAGCCAGUUACCAAUUUACCCUGGAGAAGACCGAGGGAAACCUGACUAUCUCCGUUGAGGUCGAUAUUAACAACCUGGAGGAAAUUGACACUGGUCGCAUGGACGAGCCUGACGCGCCACCCGCAGAGGGCGAGGGUCCCCAGUACAUGCCUAACUUCUCCAUCACUGUUGCUAACAAGAACGCGACCGAGCAUGCUCGCUUCUUCUGCACAUUCGAUGAGGGUGCAGAGGGUGACAUGGUGUUCACAGUGAAUGAGAUGUGCCUUUUCAAGCCUGGACAGGAGGAGCAGGUCUAUGAGAGGAAGGUCUACCAUUGCAACGCAGCUGUUCUCGAUGCGGAUAUGUAUGAGGGUGUGUUGAAAUUCCUGGAAUCCGUCGGUGUCGAUCCCUCUUUCUUGGAGUUCCUUAUUGGCCACACGCAGUCCUACGAGCAGGGAAAAUACAUUGACUUCAUCAAGGGAGCAAUGUCAACAUUCAAGGCAUAAUUGCUUUAGUGGAUGAGCGGUACUUCUCACUCACACUCCUCUUGGUCUCAUCCAUUGGUGCUGUGUGUGCGUUUCACAAGAAGAGGUAGACACUCCAACCUGUGUUGCCUCUUUAUAGUGGACUCUGGAAAAGUUAAUCAAUUUCAGUAUGUGCUGCUUCCCUGUAAGGGCUUGGUUUCGCAAUGUUUACUGGCUCGUGUCUUUUUCGGAUUUGUGCGCCGAAUGAAUGUAUAUGAAUGCCAUCCGGUAUGUAGUUCGAACUUGAUGUGAGUUUUGCCACCGCCUUUGCUUCACCACCAGCCAUCAGUGCAAGCUGUGUAUUCUGGAACUGAUCUACUCCUGUUCCAUGUACCAUGUACCUGUAGUAAUCUGAUUUCUGUAGAUUGCUACACACAGUGUGCACGCCUGCCUGCCUGCCGGCACGCUGCACCCUAACCUCUAUACAUAAGUGUUCCUGUAGACGAAUGAAUGGGAGCUGCAUUCGUUUGCCAUCCCUAUUGUAUUUGCACAGAAUGAUAACGCUACCAGUUGUUCAUGCUGUAUUUAUAUCCUGUGACCUUUGCUGUCAUUGCCUUGCAUAUACUGCUGCUGCUGCUGCUGCCUGGAGCCGUGUGAUUUGAUUCUAGAAUAUACGCUACAUGUGCGUAUGUGCUGGUGCUCUUUGCUUUGCUGGUGCCAUGCUGCCAUGCUUGAUCAGUUACUGUAUACGCAUGCGGCCAGUGGACUGUCA